AUGGGUCGUGUAAAAUUACAAAUAACUAAAAUAGAAAACAGCACAAAUCGACAAGUGACCUUCUCCAAAAGAAGAAAUGGACUCAUCAAGAAGGCUUAUGAGCUCGCUGUUCUUUGCGAUAUUGAUAUUGCUCUUAUUAUGUUCUCUCCUUCUGGUCGCCUCAGUCUCUUCUCCAACAAACGAAGGAUCGAAGAUGUGCUUACGCGUUACAUAAAUCUAUCGGAUCAAACAACAGGAUCGAUUAUUCAGAAUAGAGAGUUUUUGGUUAGCAUCAUAAAGAAAAUCCAGGCAGAAGAUGAUCAGAUAGAUCCUCAACUUUCCAAGCCUGAGGUUGUUAACAAAAAUUUUGAGGAACUCCAACAAGAAAUCAUAAAUUUGCAGCAUCAACUUCUGACAUCUGAGAAACAACUGAGGAAAUAUGAACCUGAUAUGCAAAAAUUGACAACAAUGGUGGAAGUUGAAUCCUGUGAGAAAAAUUUACUAGAGACCAUGGCAUGUAUAGCACAAAGAAAGAAACAACUUUCGGAUAUUCAUAUAUCGUCAUGCAAUCCAUUUAGUAUGCCAAUUUAUAAUGAUACAAAAGAUGGAAAUUCUUUAGAAAAUGAGGUUAUAAAUUGGUUGCCUGAUGAGAUCAAUGGGCAAAACCCUAGCCAAAUUUGUGCUGGUUCUGAGCCAUUCACAAGUCUUUCUCCGUGGCAUCAAUACACGACAACUGAGCUCCUCAACGCAUUGGAUGAUGAAGUUGGAGGUCAAGAUAUGGCAACAAUGAUGUCACAAUAA